AUGGAUUAUAAAAAGCGCAAUGGAAGCCCUUUCACGGGUGGCCUUUCCCAGGCUAAACGUAGCAAGAUAGGCGGUGAAUGGGAGGACAGUCCCUCACACUUUGAGGAAGAAUUGUCCAUGUUUGAUGAUGUGGACAUGGAUUCCGAAGAGUUGGAGGGGCAGGCCGGCCAUGACGUUAUUCCUGUUGGUGACCUCUUUUCGACAGACAUCAACCCUCGCUGGAGAAGGCCACAUGCCCCUCCACUGAACCCAACCACUGAUUUAUUGGUGUUUCAGCAGAUUGAUUUGGACUAUUAUUUAGGCGCACAUGUGGCAGGCAUGCCCGGUCAAUUACAUGGAAAAGUCCCCAUCAUUCGCAUGUUUGGAGUGACGGACAGUGGGAACAGCGUGUGUUGCCACAUUCAUGGUUUUGCCCCUUACUUCUAUGUUCCGGCACCAAAUGGAUUCACACCAGAUUACUUGGGUGAAUUUAAAAGAGAACUCAACUCAGCUGUGUUAAAGGACAUGCGCUCCAACAAAGACAACAUCUCCGUCACAGUAUUAGCUGUGGACAUUACCCGCAAAGAAAAUAUGUACGGCUACCACGGCAAACAAAUCAUGGAUUUCUUGCGGAUCACCAUGGCCAUGCCGCGUCUCAUUGCGCCCGCCAAGCGACUGCUGGAGCAGGGUUUGAAGUUCGGACCUUUUCCUACGCAGUGUUUUAAAUCAUUUGAAGCCAACAUAGAUUUUGAAAUCAGAUUCAUGGUGGACUGUGAUGUGGUUGGGUGCUGCUGGAUUGAACUUCCUCAAGGGAAGUACAGAGUCCGUGAGGAAAACAGUGGAGGGGACACAUUUUCCAAGCAGCCAGGCAAGGAAUCCUUGUGUCAGUAUGAGGUGGAUGUUGCAUGGACAGACUUGAUAAGUCACCCAGCUGAAGGCGAAUGGCAGAGAAUUGCGCCGCUCCGCGUCCUUAGCUUUGACAUUGAAUGUGCGGGAAGAAAAGGAAUUUUCCCAGAAGCAGACAAAGACCCUGUGAUUCAGAUAGCGUCCAUGGUGCAGCGACAGGGCGAGACAGAGCCCUUCAUUCGGACAGUCUUCACACUCCAGUCCUGCGCCAGCAUUGUAGGCUCUCAGAUUUUAUGCUUCACUCAGGAAAAGCAGCUUCUGCAGAGCUGGGCUGAGUUUUUAAGAACAGUGGACGCGGACAUCAUCACCGGAUACAACAUCCAAAACUUUGACUUUCCCUACUUGCUGAACAGAGCAGCUGCUUUAAAGGUCAAUCUGUUUCCAUAUUUGGGACGCGUGAGAGGGAUCAAGUCAGUGUUGCGAGACCUCAACUUUCAGAGCAAGCAAAUGGGACGCCGAGAGAACAAGAUCAUCAACAUGGAGGGCCGCGUUCAGUUUGAUUUGUUGCAGGUUCUCCUCCGAGACUACAAACUGCGCUCUUACACACUGAAUGCUGUGAGUUUCCACUUUUUACAAGAGCAGAAGGAGGAUGUACAGCACUCCAUCAUCACCGAUCUUCAGAACGGCAACGAACAGACACGGCGGCGUUUGGCCGUCUACUGCCUGAAAGACGCUUAUCUGCCGCUGCGGCUGCUGCAGAAGCUGAUGUGCGUGAUCAAUUACAUGGAGAUGGCCAGAGUGACCGGAGUGCCGCUUACCUAUCUGUUGUCAAGAGGUCAGCAGAUCAAAGUUGUCUCGCAACUCCUGCGACAGGCUGCCAAGCAGGACUUGGUGAUGCCUGUGGUCAAGUCGCAGGGGGGAGAAGAUUACACUGGAGCUACUGUUAUUGAGCCAGAAAAAGGAUAUUACAGCGUUCCCAUCGCCACCUUGGAUUUUUCGUCCCUGUAUCCGUCCAUCAUGAUGGCUCACAAUCUGUGUUAUACCACAUUACUGCAGAAAGGUGCAGCUGAUAAACUGGGGUUGUCACCAGCCGACUUCAUCAAGACACCGACUGGUGAUCAGUUUGUGAAGAGCUCUGUGAGGAAAGGCCUCCUACCUGAGAUUUUGGAGAACCUGCUGUCAGCCAGAAAGAGAGCAAAGGCGGAGCUGAAGAAGGAAACAGAUCCUUUUAAGAAGCAGGUGCUGGACGGAAGACAACUGGCCCUGAAAAUCAGUGCAAACUCGGUUUAUGGAUUUACAGGGGCUCAGGUGGGCAAGCUGCCCUGUCUGGAGAUCUCCCAGAGUGUGACCGGGUUUGGAAGACAGAUGAUUGAGGAAACCAAGCGUUUGGUGGAGUCCAAGUAUAUCAUUUCCAAUGGUUACAAAGGCGACGCCAAGGUCAUCUAUGGAGACACUGACUCUGUCAUGGUCAAGCUGGGUGUGGCCACGGUGCAGGAGGCUAUGGAUAUUGGGAAAGAGGCUGCAGAGUGGGUGUCGUCCCAUUUCGUGGCCCCCAUCAAACUGGAGUUCGAGAAGGUGUAUUUCCCCUAUCUGCUGAUCAACAAGAAACGCUACGCGGGCCUUUACUUUUCCUCCAGCGCAGACGUGCAUGACAAGAUGGACUGUAAAGGCAUCGAAACAGUCAGGAGAGACAACUGCCCUCUGGUGGCUAAUCUUAUCAACACUUGCCUACAGAAAAUCCUAAUAGACAGGGACCCCCAGGGUGCGGUGGCUCACGCAAAAGAGGUGAUCUCUGACCUGCUGUGCAAUCGUAUCGACAUCAGCCAGCUGGUCAUCACCAAGGAGCUGACGCGCACAGCCCAGGAGUACGCCGGCAAGCAGGCGCACGUGGAGCUUGCAGAGAGAAUGAAGAAGAGAGACGCAGGCAGCGCUCCCAACCUGGGCGAUCGAGUUCCUUACGUGAUCGUGAAGGCAGCCAAAGGAGCCGCAGCAUACAUGAAAUCUGAGGACCCCAUCUAUGUGCUGGAAAAUAACAUCCCCAUCGACACCCAACAUUACCUGGACCAGCAGCUCUCCAAGCCCCUGCUGAGAAUUUUUGAGCCCAUUCUGGGGGAGAGCAAGGCAGAGAGCAUCCUCCUAAAGGGCGACCACACGCGCUGUAAGACUGUACUGACGUCCAAGGUGGGAGGCCUCAUGGCGUUUGCUCAGAAGAGGAGCACCUGUAUUGGCUGCAAAGCAGUACUCAAGACUGAUGCUGCUGUGUGUGAUUUCUGUAAGAAGAAAGAAUCUGAACUGUACCAAAAAGAGAUUUUCCAUUUAAACACACUGGAGGAGCGUUUCUCUCGACUGUGGACUCAGUGUCAGCGGUGCCAAGGGUCCCUCCACGAAGACGUACUCUGCACUAGCCGUGACUGUCCGAUCUUCUACAUGAGGAAGAAGGUUCAAAAAGAUCUGGACGACCAGAGCAAGUUGGUGUCUCGUUUUGGAUGGUAA